ACCGAACCCAACAAUCUAAUAUUUUGAGGGGAAAGAAGAUGAAUUUGAGACUGAAGCAUUCCAUGUUCGCUCGCCGUUAUUUUCUCUGCCUCUCUUGCUUCUUCUUCUUGUCAUCGUUUCAGAUUUCCAAAGCUCAAAAUGCUACUACAGACCCAUCUGAAGUUAGGGCAUUGAACUCAAUACUCCAACAGUGGGAUGCUCCAGCAACACAAUUGUGGAACAUCAGUGGAGAGCCAUGUAGCGGAUCUGCCAUCAACGGAGCGAAUUUCGAAGACCCCGUGAAUAACCCAGCCAUCACUUGUCUAUGUACUUAUGACAAUGGUGCCACUUGUCACAUAACGCAAUUGAGAGUGUUUGCUCUAAACAAGCGGGGAUCUAUUCCAGAAGAUAUUGUGGCUUUGAAAUAUCUAACAUUUUUGAAGAUUGACAAAAAUUACUUCACGGGUACCUUGCCAGCAUUUAUGGGAAAUUUAACAUCUCUACAGAAACUGUCAAUUGCCCAUAAUGCAUUCCAUGGGACCAUCCCAAAGGAGCUUGGAAACCUUAAGCAGUUGAUAGAGCUGUCUAUUGGUAAUAACAAUUUCUCUGGAACACUCCCUCGAGAACUUGGUUACUUAGUCAAACUACAGAAACUUUAUGUAGACAGUUCUGGAGUGGGUGGUGAAAUUCCCUCAACAUUUGCUAACCUUCGAAACAUGCAAAUCCUUUGGGCAUCAGACACUCCUUUCACAGGAAAGAUACCUGAGUUUAUUGGGAACUGGACGGCACUUAAGCAAUUGAGAUUUCAAGGGAACUCUUUUGAAGGUCCAAUACCAUCUAGUUUUUCUAUGUUGACCUCAUUGAUUUCUCUACAGAUUAGUGAUUUAUACAAUGUGAACUCUUCCCUUGAUUUCAUCGGGAGCUUGAAGCAAUUAACGGACUUAUAUUUGAGAAAUGCUCUGAUCACUGGAAAUAUUCCUUCUGAUAUUGGAGAAUACCAAAGUUUACAAAAAUUGGAUUUGAGUUUCAACAAGUUAACCGGCCAAAUACCUAGUGAUUUGUUCAAUAUGGGCUCUCUUACACACCUGUUUCUUGGAAACAAUAGUCUUUCUGGAACGCUUCCCAGCCAAAAAAGUGAAAUGCUUCAGAAUAUAGAUUUAUCUUACAAUGAACUAUCAGGAAGUUUUCCGACAUGGAUAACCACCCCUAGUUUACAAAUGAACUUGGUGGCCAACAAUUUCAUUUUUGAUAGCUCAAACAGAAGUAUUUUGCUAGGAUUGGAUUGUCUUCAGAGGAACUUUCCGUGCAAUAGGAAUUCUCCACGCUACGCGAACUUCUCAAUCAAAUGUGGCGGCGAAAUGAUUAGAGCUGCUGAUGGCAUAGUGUAUGAGGCUGAAAACACAUCUCUUGGUGCAGCAUCAUUCAAUGUCACCAGUAUUCAAAAAUGGGCAGUGAGUAAUGUGGGGUUGUUUUUUAACCGCGAAAAUCCACAAUAUGUGAAAUAUACCUAUGCACAAGUAACUGGGACGGACACCCCAGGGCUUUACCAGACGUCGAGAAUAUCCCCUGGAUCACUUAGAUACUAUGGCCUGGGUCUUGAGAAUGGACCUUACACUGUAUACAUGCUAUUUGCAGAAACAGUCUUUAAAGAUCAAAGUGCACAAACUUGGGAUAGUCUAGGACGGCGUGUAUUUGAUAUCUAUAUUCAGGGGAGUCUUCGACAAAAGGACUUUGACAUAUCAAAGGAGGCAGGUGGUAUUGAGAAAGCAAUCUCAAAGGUUUUCAAUGCUACUGUGUCUGAGAACUACCUUGAAAUUCAUUUGUUUUGGGCUGGUAAGGGGACCUGCUGCACACCAGUUACAGGUGACUAUGGGCCAAUGAUUUCAGCCCUCCAUGUUGUUUCAGAUUUCCAGCCAACUGUUAGUGGGAUUCCACCAAGUACUACUGAAGGGAAGAGCAGGACAGGAUUGAUUGUUGGUAUUGCAGUCCCUGUAGGAGUUGUGAGCUUGAUACUGAUAUUUGCAGUUUGUUUUCUGAAAAGAAAAUCAGGCAGCAGUGAUGAGGAAGAGCUUCUUGGCAUUGGCCCCAGACCAACUACUUUUAGUUAUGCUGAGCUGAGAUCUGCUACAGAAGACUUUAUUCCUUCUAACAAGCUAGGAGAGGGGGGUUUUGGACCUGUUUACAAGGGUAAACUUUCUGACAGGAGGGUGGUGGCUGUGAAGCAACUUUCAGUAUUAUCUCACCAAGGGAAUCGUCAAUUUAUAGCCGAGAUUGCUACCAUAUCUGCAGUACAACAUCGCAAUCUUGUAACUCUGUAUGGAUGCUGCAUCGAAGGAGAUAGACGUCUCCUGGUUUAUGAAUAUCUUGAGAACAAAAGCCUUGAUCAAGCACUCUUUGGUAACAAUGGCUUGCAUCUUGAUUGGCCAACCCGAUUCAGCAUAUGCUUAGGAACUGCAAGAGGGCUAGCUUAUCUUCAUGAGGAGUCAAGGCCAAGAAUUGUACAUAGAGAUGUCAAGGCUAGUAAUAUUUUGCUUGAUGUAGAACUCUGCCCCAAAAUUUCAGAUUUUGGAUUGGCAAAGCUAUACGAUGAUAAGAAAACACACAUCAGCACUCGAGUAGCUGGGACCAUUGGCUAUCUAGCACCAGAGUAUGCAAUGCGUGGGCACUUGACAGAAAAGGCAGAUGUUUUCGGUUUUGGUGUUGUUGCUUUGGAGAUCCUCAGUGGGAGGCCAAACACAGACAAUAGCGUGGAGACCGAAAAGAUUUAUCUGCUAGAAUGGGCAUGGGCUCUGCAUGAAAAUAACCAGGCUUUGGGACUGGUGGAUCCCAGAUUACUGGAGUUUGAUGAAAAUGAAGCCACUCGAGUGAUAGGAGUGGCUCUUUUGUGCACUCAAGCAUCACCAAUGAUGCGCCCACCCAUGUCACGCGUCGUGGCCAUGCUUGCUGGAGAUAUUGAAGUGGGCGCCGUUACAUCAAAGCCAAGUUAUUUAACAGAAUAUAAUUUCAAAGAUGUAACAAGCAACUUUUUAAGUCAAGAAGUUACUCCGUUAGCUACUCCUAGUGGUAACAGCCAGCCGAAAAUCCAAGAUGGCAACACAACCAACUUAAACCUAACGAAUGAUCCAAUGCCCUCACCUACAAACAUCCCAAAAUCAAUGAUCAGUGAUAUUAUUGGAGAAGGAAGGUGAAAGGUAUCUCGUCCUUGCUUUAUAAUCGUGUCACUCAUGGGUAUUCCCUUUGCCUUGGCAUGGAGGACUUCUGCUUCUGUUUAUGCAUACUGGUUGCCUUUUUAAGUAUCUGCAAAUGGAAACAUGUGUUUAUAGACUGCAACCCAUAUAAGCAGCGUUCUAAACCACUACUGGAGUUUAUACAUAUCUUGAUUUUGUACAGAAAUCUGUAUGCCAAAUAUAUGUUACAUUAAUAAGGAAACUAUUCAUGUUUGUUGUACAAAAGUUCAAUGUACUUCAGAA